AAACCAAGAAAAAGAAAGUAUUCUACACAACACUUUCCCUUUCCCCUUCACUCAAAAGAAACCUCCUUUCUCACAACCCCAAGCAAUCAUCACUUGACCACCAUCUUCAUUCACAACAUCUUCCCCCUAUUUUCAACACCACAAUGAGCGAAUCUGAAACACACCCAAAAGAGGACUACCCUGAACCAAGAAGAUCCCACUCAUCCUCAACAACCUCAACAACAAGUGUCCAUGUCACAGCUCUUGAUGGGCUUGUCAAUGUCAACUCCCUCUUCACCAUUGCUGUCUUUGUGGGCCUUUCUCUCACAACCCCUAAUCAAAGAUCACUUGAAAACCGAUCAGCUUGUGAUGCAGGCAAUGAUAUCGCCAAGAAAUUGCUCGUAUUCGAAGUCGUUUCCUUUAGUUUCUUUCUGUUUUCUUCAUUAGUGGCACAAGGGCUUAAAUUGGCUAUCAAUCUUUUGAAUAGUAAAGAUGUUGAUGAGGCUUUUAGAGCUCACAUUAGUCUUAAAGUUCUGAGAUUUGGAAUGUUGGGUUCCGCGGUUGGGUCGGUCAUGGGGUGCUUGUUCUUGAUGUUGUCUAUGAUUAAUGUGAUUCAGAUACGGUUAGGAAUGUUGUCUUGUGGGAGUAAACAGACGGUGCAUUCGGUCACUGCCUUGGUUGUUUUGGUCACUUCUGCGCUUGUGGUUUAUAUAUCUACGGCUGUUUAUGCGUUUUUACAUUAGAGGAGAAUCUGUAUCCAGGGAGAAUGCUGUGGAUUUGAAAUGUAAUCAUCUUCUUCACACGCCUUCUCUACCCAACUUGUUUGACAUCAUGGAAUACAGUCUCUCCUCAACUAAACCGUGUCACCUGAUUUCUAAAGUUACAUGAUGAUCAGACUGUAAUCUUUAACCUCCCUGAUAAGUUGUUACAUCCAUGAUCCAUUCACGUUUGUAAAUCCGCAGACAUUCUGAAGUCUGGACUAUGCUGGGAAAUCCUUAUUUUCUUUUUUUA